CGUAGCGUCGUGGACGGACGGUCGGGGGUAGCACUGGUGGGCUCGGAGAAGUUCAGAAAACGAGCAUUGUGGACUAUUUGUAAAUAGCAGAGGGGGGGAAAUAACAGAAAUCCCGAAAUCUCUUCGAACUUAAUUUCGAUUUAUCAGUGACUGAAGAUGAUGUCUGAUGCGAGCGACAUGUUGGCAGCUGCUCUGGAGCAGAUGGAUGGCAUUAUAGCAGGCUCCAAGGCUCUGGACUACUCCAACGGGCUGUUUGACUGCCAGUCGCCCACCUCUCCAUUCAUGGGCAGCCUGAGGGCACUUCACCUUUUGGAAGACCUGAGGAGCGUCCUUGAGUUGAUGGACACAGAGGAAAGGGAGAGCCUACGCUGCCAGAUCCCUGAGUCCACAGCUGACAGCCUGGUCGAGUGGCUCCAUGGUCACCUGUCCAAUGGGCACAUCUCGCUGGGUGGGGGUGACCACUACCAGGAAAGGCUUUCCCGCCUAGAGAGUGAUAAGGAGUCUCUGGUUCUUCAGGUGAGUGUGCUGACAGACCAAGUGGAGGCUCAGGGAGAGAAGAUUCGAGACCUGGAUUUGUGUUUGGACGAGCACCGGGAGAAACUCAACGCCACUGAGGACAUGCUGCAACAGGAGCUUCUCUGCAGAACUGCGCUGGAGACCCAGAAGUUAGAACUGAUGUCUGAAGUGUCCAACCUAAAGCUGAAACUGAAUACUAUGGAUAAGGACAGACUUGACUUUGACAGAUUCAGGGACAGUGAGGAUUUGAUGCUUGAAAUUAAUGAACUGCGGUACAGACUGACAGAGCUGGAGAGUGAAAAACUACAGUAUGAAAAGAAACUUAAAUCCACAAAGGAGGAGCUAGCUAUACUGAGGAGGCAGCUUGAGGGCAAAGACGGAGAGAUGAGGAGACUGCAGGAUGAGACAGGCUUCAAAGCCAUCGCCUCAAGCAGUGCGGAUCCCACAGAGAGAGUUUCUCAUCCAGAUGAAACUCUUAGAAAGAGGCUGAAAGAAAAACAUGUGGAAGUGCAGAGAAUGAAAAAGGCAGUUGAAUCAUUGAUGGCAGCUAAUGAAGAGAAGGAUCGUAAGAUUGAAGAACUGAAGCAGUCGCUGCUGCGGUAUAAGAAGGUUCAAGACAUGGUGAUGUCAGUACAAGGGAAGAAAGAGAAAACCAAAGACAAUGAACAUGUUGAGAGUCAUGGUGAUGGAUCCGUUGCAUUCUUGUCAAUCAACUCGUCACCUGUGGAGUCAGAAAAUUGUGAAGUGACUGAUGUUGAACAACUAAGAAGGAAGAGCCCAGAUGAGUUGGAGAUCCUCAAUGGACUGAGUGAAGAGCCUUCACCCACACCCAGCCCUCCAGAUCCAGAACAAGUGUCACCGUCUGCACCAACAGAUUUAGAAAGCAGCCCAGAUACCACAAAGACUGGCAGCCAGGACCAGCUGGAUAGGAGCAAUAACGAAAAGAAUACAAGUGAAGAGAUCAGUAAGAUCAGCGAAAAGCCGCCCAUGAGUCCCUCUGCCACCUUGCCGGCCACCACGGAGGACGACAGCUUUGGGUCAAGAAAGGCUCGGUCAUCUUUUGGAAAGGGCUUUUUCAAGAUCCGUGGGGGCAAGAAGACGGCUAGUACCCCUAAUCUUGAUCGCAGCCGGAGUGCGAGUGCACCUAUGCUAGCUGAAACGGAGCGACAGGGCACUGACCAUCUGGAUCUGGCCGGGCUGCCACAGAGGUCGGCAAACAGCGACAGCACCCACACACUCCCUACGACCCCAGAGAGCAAGAAAAAAUCCAAAGGAAUAAAGAAACUCUUUGGGAAGCUAAAAAGGAGUCAGUCUACCACAUUUAACCUAGAUGACAACUUACCAGAGGGUGAGUUCAAGAGGGGUGGAGUGCGAGCCACAGCAGGACCCAGACUGGGUUGGUCUCGUGACCUCCAGAGAGUCAACAAUGAUGUUGAUGCUCCAUUUGCACGCUGGUCAAAAGAUCAGGUGUGUGACUGGCUGCAGGAGCAGGGUCUCGGCCUUUAUGUGAACAUGGCCCGCGUGUGGAUCUCCUCUGGGCAGACGCUGCUACAGGCCUCACAACAGGACCUGGAGAGGGAGCUGGGAAUAAAACACCCACUGCACAGAAAGAAGCUGCAGCUGGCUCUGCAGGCCCUCGGCUCCGAGGAGGAGGACAAUAAGGGAAAGCUAGACUACAACUGGGUGACGAGAUGGCUGGAUGAUAUCGGCCUCCCUCAGUAUAAGACCCAGUUUGAUGAGGGGAGGGUGGACGGUCGCAUGCUGCACUACAUGACAGUGGAUGACCUGCUUUCUCUGAAAGUGGGGAGUGUCCUACAUCACCUCAGUAUCAAGAGAGCUAUCCAAGUUCUCCGACUCAACAGCUAUGAGCCUAACUGCUUACGUCGUAGGCCAUCUGACGAGAACAAUAUUUCUCCAGCAGAGAUUUCCCAGUGGACCAACCAUCGGGUGAUGGAGUGGCUGCGGUCUGUGGACCUCGCUGAAUACGCUCCCAACCUGAGAGGCAGCGGUGUGCAUGGAGGCCUGAUGGUACUGGAGCCACGGUUCAAUGUGGAGACCAUGGCUUUGCUGCUGAACAUCCCCCCCAACAAGACACUGCUGCGCCGCCACCUUGCCACACAUUUCAACCUGCUCAUAGGCUCAGAAGCCCAGCAGCUCAAACAGGAGUGUCUUGAAAACCCAGACUACACUCUGCUUACUGCCACCACCAAGGUCAAGCCAAGGAAACUGUCAUUUGGUAACUUUGGCAGUCUGAGGAAGAAAAAGCAGGAGGAGAGCGAGGAGUACGUGUGUCCGAUGGAUGUGGAGAUGCCAAAGGGGCGAAGCUUUCAGAAAGGCUUCGAGCUCCAAAUCUACGAGGACGACCUUGACAGGCUGGAACAGAUGGAGGACUCUGAGGGAACUGUGAGGCAGAUCGGAGCUUUCUCUGAGGGAAUUCAAAACCUAACGAGCAUGCUGAAAGAUGACGACUUCUUCAAAGAGUCUUCAAACUCACCAAACCCCAGCGUAACAGAUGAGGACUCCAAUGCAUGAGACUGUCAGGGCCAUGAGACCUGAUGCUGCUGUGAAUGAAACUCUGUGCCAACCGUCUCCACUCGCACACAGACUGGUCUCAACAAAGUCCAAGAUUGCGCCCUCAUUUGUUUUUAGUGUUGCAUUCGAAGAUGAGCCAAAAAGUAUUAGUGUCUUUCUUUUUUCAAUUUCAAGCGAUAUUGUUGAGAAAGUCUGCAGUCCAGUAGCCACUAUUACCCCUGAACUUUGUCUCCAUUACUCUGGUCUGAUGGAACAUUGAGGGCAACACCACUGCUUGCCUGCCAGCUGGUUUCUGGACAUAUUUUGUACUGGGUUGUGUAGUGGCACUUUUGAUAUCAAGUGUCAACCAGCAGAAAAAAGACAUCUAAAAUAUGCCAAUAUAGAUUUUAAUAUAUGUCUUUUAAAUUGCCUUCUGACUGUAGAACUAUUGGAAAAAAAAGAGAGACGGAUUCAUUCAGAAGUAAUAUGCUGAGAAGAGUUUCCCAUUUUUAGAAGUUAAUGUAAAGUAGUAACUCUAGCUGCUAUGUUUUCUACAGAACUAAACUUGCUAAUUAAAUGGAAAUUGUCAUACAGUAUAUGUUAUCCUACGCUGAACAUUUUACAGGUUUUCACCCACCAAUAAUAUUCUACAUGCAUUUGCACCAAUACAUAUCACACAGUACAAAGGCUAAAGAAUAUCAUAGCAUGGUAUUGCAAUUCAACACAUUAAUAUAAGAGCUUGUUGUUUAUUUUAUUUUUCCUAUAAAUUGAUUUUUAAUGCAACCGUGUUGGCUGACAAGAGUUAUUUUUGGAAAAGCUUAUUCAGAUUUGUGAGAUAAGAUACCUGAGAAGACAGAUUUUGUUGUUUUUGUUUUUGUUUUUUUUUUUACUUUUGUCCAUUUCUAAGAUCAAUAAACUAAUGUAAAUCAGUUUGAAUUUUCCUCUAAAGGACACAGUUGAGUCUUUAACACCACCUGAAGACAGAGGAGAUGAUGGGAAAGUUGCUGAUUUUGCUGAGCAAUGAUGAAAAGAAAACUACAUGUGCUCUAAAAAUAUGUAAAUUUAAAGUGUAUAAUUGUGAAUUCUUCACUGGAGAUAUAGGCAAUAAA